CCAAGAAGCUGCCAUUCUGCAAACAGGAGGUACACAAGGCGAUAAUCGACGACGGCGUCCCGGAGGACGCCUUUCCCGGCAUCUGCAACGCCCACGAUGACCUCCCAAACGAGCCGAUAGCUGGAAUGCUGAACAGCAGAAGGCAAAAGGUCCGGCUCACCUUCAAGCUCGAAGAGGAUCAGUUCUGGGUCAGCACGAGAGAAGAGACGCAGAAGCAUCUCAUACCUGACGUCCUGGCCGUCAUCAGCCAACCCAUCGAAGGCCACGAAGAGUAUCACAUAAUGGCACCCGACAGUGGACCAGAGGGCGUGGCGAAGCUCUUUGGGGCCACCUCAGAAUUUGCAUCCUACCUCGCUGUUGGCGGAGCCCCUGUGGUUAUACUGGUGCCAGCUCAGUACGUCAGAGCCAAUCAAGAAAACCUUGCUGGGGGCAACUAG